AUGCAGUCGCUCCAGGAAACGCACGAGAUCAACAAGGUUCGUGUAAAGUUUGAUUUUCGAGUGCAGCAACGAUUGAAGUGGAUUCUGGGAACACGGACAGCGGGGCAGUUGACAACGAUCGCACGCUCCCGACUAUCCAGCGACGUCAAGCUGGCUUUUGAGCUGGUGGUCAUGGUCGCCGUCCUCUACUAUGUCGAUCUCACGUUGGACAUUCAAGCUUGCAUAACUUUCUGGCAGACAGGGAACCCCAAGUUCUUCCUGACCAAUGUGAUGGCCAUGUUGGCUGCUGCCAUGUACACGGCAUAUCACAUCUUCUCCCAUGGCGACACGCUUUUGUCUGAUCUUUCCAGAAACGAGACCUUCGCGCUGGGUGUUUCAUAUGUAUUCCAGCUGCAUAUCUUGGUUCUCUGCUGGAUAAGUUGGAAACGCGGCAAGAAGCACCAGCUUCUGAUCGAUUCCAAGUUUGCAGAGGCUGCUAUUGAGGCUGUGGUCUCUUCGCUUGUCCAGACGUACGCGGUGAUCUUCGGGGCGAGGACAUUGUCACACUACCAGCAGCUCACCCUGUACAUGUCAAUUUUGGGAAGCCUCGCCUCCAUCUCUAACGCCUUCACGCUUUUUGACUCGCCGAGUGGAAUUGAUCAGGCACCAGGCAAUGAGACCUCCCCGGUCAGCCCACGGCUUCUCUUAGUGAAUGCUUUUCGGUUGUGUGAGCUGACCAACAAGAUCACGGGCCUCUCCCUUUUUCAACUGGCCUUCCGGCCAUACGGCGGCUGCUUUGCUGCCGCAGCAAGCUACCUGUCCUUCACAGUGUCAAUCUGGCUCUCACAAGGGCAGGCGAGCUUCGCCCUGCCUUGCGUCUUUGCGCUGAUCAACCCGAUGCUCGAAACGCACAACGCAGUCACGAUGCCCCACGUGGUCUACUACAGCCUGCGCCUGGCCGAGACCACCAUCAUGGUGGUGCUUGUAUGGUUCGUGGCUGAUGUCGAUGUGUUUUCAUUGUAUCGGGAUUGCUUCCCUGCAGUUGCAGCCUUCGUGGCGAGUGGGAUUGGAAUGGUGAUCUUGUUACCUGCUGUGCGGUGCUUGGCGUCUCCAGGUAUGGCGAAUCAAAAGGUCUACACCACCGCACAGUGGGCGCUCAAACCGUUCAGCAGAGCUCAGCUCAAGUUGCGAGAUGCCACCUUGAAAUUCAACCAUGAGGAGCUGGCUCCACCCCGUUAG